AGCAGGAAGUCACCAGCUGAGCCUGGACAGGUCGCCUGGCUGCGGACACACAGGCGUGAGACUCACCGCUGUCUUUCCACAGAAAAAAGUGAAGAAACCCAGCGAUGUGACGGGGUUUUGGUGUGGAUCUGUAGACGGAAACACUGCUGUUUCUUCUGACAUUUGUUGUAAAGGAUCAGCAGUGAAGAUGCCUCUGAUACCAGUUGUGCCAGAGAACCACAGUCAUGUCCUGGCAGAGUUUGACUGCCUCGAUCCGCUUCUGUCUGCUCUCCGUUUAGACUCUGGCAGGCUAAAGUGUACCUGUUUGGCAGUCUCAAGGAAGUGGCUCGCAUUAGGAACAUCAGCAGGAGGGUUGCACCUGAUCCAGAAGGAGGGCUGGAAACAAAGGCUCAUCCUCACCCACAAGGAGGGAUCUAUUACUCAGGUGGUGUGUUGCCCUCAUGAUGAAGACUUUAUCGCGGUUGCAACAAGUCAGGGUCUGGUGGUGGUGUGGGAGCUGCAGCUGGAGCGGAGGGGUCGUCCGGAGAGAGUGAGUGUCUCCUGGGAGCACAGAGGCCAGACCAUCACGUCACUCUGCUGGGACACAAGCACACUCAGAGUGUUCGUCGGGGACACGGGAGGCAAGGUGUCCUUUCUGCGUGCGGGAUCCUCCAAGCUGGGCAAGGGGUCAACAUUCGUUAUCUUCCCUGUUCAGACCGUCACCACUGUGGACUCCAGAGUGGUUCAGCUCGGCUACCAAGAUGGCCGCCUGCUGGUGUCUUCCUUGAGCCGCUGCUACCUCUGUGACACAGAUAGGGAGAAGUUUUGGCGUGUUGGAUAUAAGGAGCGUGAUGGAGAGUAUGGAGCGUGUUUCUACCCUCAGAACAGAGGCUUAUUGGUUGGACAGCCCCCCCUGCUGUACUCCGCCCGGCCGGGGUCUCGAAUAUGGGAGGCCAGCUUCAAUGGAGAGGUUCUGAGCACCCAUCAGUUCAAACAGCCCCUGGCCUGUCCUCCUCUCCCUCUCAUCACCUACAGAGAUGAGCCACAUUACAACCCAGCACAGAAGAGCCCGCAGUCAAUCGCCUUCACUAAACUGCUUUACUUUGGAGACCAGAACUUGCUGACCUGGACUGACUCUGCAAUUUAUAUCUUCACACCUCAGAACGGACAAGUGCUUCUGUGGACUGAAGUCAAAGACUUGGUUAAUAUUGCAGUCUACCGCAACGAGCUCUUCUGUCUCCAUGGCAGCGGGCGUCUGUCCCACCUCUCGCUGCUGUCUGCUGAGCGCUGUGUGGAGCGUCUGCUGCGCAGGGAGUCCUGGCCUCUGGCGGCUGGGGUCUGCUGUAUGUUCCAGCACACAGUCACCAGCAGCAGGGCCAGGAAAUCAAUUCCCAUCGACCGCCUGGAGCACCUCAGGUCUCAGCUCAGCUCCAGCACACACCCCGAGCUGUGUGUCCAGCUGGAGGAAGUCAUCUCCAAACUGGAGCCUCUGGACUCGGCCUCCAGCAGCCGCAGGAGCAGCAUCUCCUCACACGAGAGCUUCAACGUCCUGGACUGUGGGAUCUAUCGUGUGAUCAGCCGCAGAGGAAGCCAGUCGGACGAGGAGACGAGCUCCCUCAUCAACCAGUCAGCGUCCGAGGAGGAGCGCCUCAAAGAGUUCAGUUUUGUGCAGGAGGAGGAUCAGGUGGAUCAUGAUCCUCAGAGCGCUGAGCGAGUGGAGGCCGAGCGAUCCGAUUCAGGCCUGCAGUUCCACCUCCCCCUCUCAUUUCGCCCCAAACCCCCCCGCAUCGCACUGCAGGCCGUCAAAGACAGUGUUUCUAGUUUUGUUAAGAAGACAACGGAGAAGAUCAACACCCUCCAGAUGAACACCCUCCAGAUGAACUCUGAGCUCUGGCAGCGGACUGAAUUCAGAGAGGGCGGACAGGCAGAAAUCUCAGCCACGACUUCGUUCUCAGAGGAAAUGGACAAUGAAGUUUAUGAUGAAAUGCCGACCAUAGAGUCCGACAUGCAGGAUCUUCGGUCCGCGACAGAGCGAGCUAUCUCCCAGAUUCAAGAUCCUUUGGUGCUGCUGGACCCAGACUGCCUGGGGGAAACUCUGCUGGAGUGGCUGGUGGUGCUGGAGCGAAUCCUCGGACCUGCUGAUCACGGGUCAGCCGCUGCAGGUGAUUCAAUAACAGAUGGUCUAGGAGAAGAGCGUUGGGAUUAUCUAAACGCCUGCUCAGAGCAACAAGAGGAGUCUUCGUUGUCGUCAGGUGAACCAAGAGAGAGCAAGACAGAGGAGAAGACAGAGGAGAAGAAGACAGAGGAGAAGACGGAGGAGAAGAUGGAGGAGAAGACGGAGGAGAAGACGGAGGAGAAGACAGAGGAGGAGAAGACAGAGGAGAAGAAGACAGAGGAGAAGAAGACAGAGGAGAAGACAGAGGAGAAGACAGAGGAGAAGACAGAGGAGAAGACCGAGGAGAAGACCGAGGAGUCUCCUGAGCUCGGAGAAAAAGAGGACCGGUGUGACUCCUCUGAGAAAGAGCAUGAAGUUUCAAAUGAGACUCGUCCAGAUCCGGUCCGAGUGGCGUCUCCUAAACCUGUACCAACGGAUCUCCUGGCCGAUCUCAACCAGCUGGCCACGCUCUACACGGAGCUGAGCUGCUUCAGGAAGGAGGAGAAUGAACGAGCUUUGGGAUGCAUAGCUUUCCUGCGCCGCUACUUCUUUCUGCUGGACCAGGAGCGUGUGAGGAGGAUGUGUCUGCUGUGUCAUCAGGAGCAGCCCGAGGCGCAGCGCUCCUUCACCGAGGCCAUGCUAGAUGUCACUCAGCACAGUAAGGUGGUGGAGGUGAUUCAGAGAGGAGAUCUGCUGAGGUCUCUGCGCAGUCUGAGAGAGCUGCAGCCCUGCAGUGCCCCCCCUCUCCUCGCUCACUUACACAGGCUGUAUGAGAAGCACGGGGAGGCGGCUGUGCGCUCGUUUACGCAGUUUUACCCCACGGUAACUCCUGCUGAUAUCAUGACCAUGGCUCAGCAAAGCCACUUCCUGGCAUACCUGGAUAAUCUGGUCCAAUCUCGAACUGAAGAGGACAGGUUGUCAUUUUUGCAGUCCCUUCUUGAACCAGAAUCACUCAGACAGGAUUGGCUGGAGCUGGCACUUACCCACGAUGCACCUCAACGCUGUGACACGCUGACCCCCGAUGGAGAGCCCAGGUGGCACUCUCACUGUUUCAGCUGGGGUUACGGACGCCUCCUGUCUCUCCUGAUCCGUCUUCCUGCAGAUCUGUCCUCCAAGCAGAAGAUGGCGGAGACGUGCCGCAGUCAUGGAUACUGGACGGGCUACAUCUCGCUCUGCUGUGAGCUGCAGCGCCGCACCGAGGCGUUCUCCGCCAUCUGUCGGCUGGAUGACAUCAGUCUGCUGCAGGAAGCUGGUGGAGUGGAGCCUCAGACCCUGGAGGAGUGGAAGCUGUUGAUCCGGUUGUCUCAGCGCUGCAGCGGGGCCUCAGACUCAGAUCAGCUGACCGGUGUGAAUGGGAGCGGCUGGUCCAACGGCUCAGAGGACUGUGGAGGGAAGAUGAGCCCGGAGACCCUGACCCUGAUGCUGGCUCGCUGCGCCGGACCCGACCGCACCAUGGCCGUCCUGGAGGAGUGCGGGGUGCAGCUCGACCUUUCACCCCACUCCAAACUGGUCUGUGAGCUGCUGAGAGUGACUGAGAAGAGGCAGAGAGCGAUGAUCCAGACGAUGCUGGAGCGCUGCGAUCGGUUCCUGUGGUCUCAGCACGCCUAACUGAAGACCAGCUGCAGCUUCUCUACGUAAACAACAUAACUAACACUGAAAUGUACCUGCUGUGAAGCUGCAACCCAAUGUAUGCGCUGUAAUUAAUGUCAAAGCUUUCAAGUUCAAUGAAGGAACGUGUCUUCCCAGUAAAAACAGUAUUAUUACUUUGAACAUUGGCACGGACCUUGCUGGAUCACGGAUACUUUUUUUAUGAUUUACUUUUAUCAAAACUCUUUAUAUAUAUGAAAAUGAACUAACCAGGUAACACCAUGUGAAUAAAAACUGUCUAUAAGA